AUGACUGUUUGUACCUUAUCCCUAGCCUAUGCACAUUCCAUACCACCAGUCAUUGCAUCAAUUAUCAUUGGCCGUGAUGUGUUGUUGAGUUUCAUGUCGUUUUAUUACCGAUUUAAAAGCUUACCUUUGCCAAGGACAUUUGAUAGAUUUGUAAGUAUUGGACAAAUCCCUACAAUUAGUGUUCAUCCGAACUUGUUGGGGAAAUUGAACACGGCAUUGCAAAUGCUUUAUAUAGGAAGUUUGGUUUAUAAGCCAAUUUUGGAAGAAUAUAUUGCUGAUUCUUUUUUCAAUGACUUGGGAUGGAUUGUUGGUGCUACAACUUUGCUCAGCGGUGCAUCUUAUGUUUUCAGCAAGAGUUCAUGGAAAUAUGUGAAAUAA